AUGUCUCCCAUCCGUGUCGGUCUUAUUGGGCUCAGCGCCGAGCCAGCCGGUGCUGGCCAAGGCAAAUGGGGUGUUUCCGCACACCUCGCCUCCCUCCGUCCUUCUCCUCAUUACGAAAUCGUCGCCAUAUGCAACUCGUCUGUUGAAUCAGCCCGCCGGUCCAUCGAAUAUCACGAGCUACCUUCCUCUGUCAAGGCAUACGGCAGUGUAGAGGACCUAGCCAACGAUCCCGAUAUUGACCUCAUUGAUGUGUCCAUUGUUGUUUCGAGACAUUUGCUCGCCGCCAAACCUGCCCUGUUGGCCAAGAAGCAAGUCUUUGUGGAAUGGCCUCUAGGUGCUAGCACGGCGCAAGCUGAGGAGAUGCUUCAACUGGCUAAAGAGGCCAAUUUAAAGACCAUAGUCGGGACACAGUUCUGCGCAGAUCCAUGGCUUGCAAAAGCUAAACUGUUAAUUGAGAGCGGAGCAAUUGGUAGAGUAACCAGCUCCGACGUUCAGAUUGCUCCUCCCACUGGACCAAUUCAUACUUGGACAGCAGAAGCUGAGUUUUAUCUGGAUUUUGAGAGUGGCGGGGACGAAUUCCACAUCAUAUUUGCCCAUUUCCUGAGUGGCUUCGUCCAUGUGCUUGGUGAUUUCGCCAGUGUCAAAUCGAUUUUGGCUGUCCAACAUCCAAUUGUAAAGCUCAUCAGCAGCAAGACUGGAGAAGUUAUUGAUCCCGAGAGGAAAAGAACUUCUCCAGAUCACAUCUUUGUCCAGGGCACGCUAGAAAGUGGUGCUGUUGUGAGCAUCACCACUCGCACACCCCCCAGGUCAAUCGAUAGACACGGUCUGCGUUGGCUCAUUUCCGGCACCGAAGGAGAAAUCGAGCUCACGACCCGCGGCAGAGGUUAUCAGACGGGCUCGAAUGCGAGGAAUCUGCGUCUUAUUACAAAAGAUGGGGAAGUGAAAACAAUUGGCUGGGAACAAGAUGAGCCCAGCCAUAUCAAGAAUGUUGCUCCGCCUGGAGUGAAUACCGCAAGAUUAUUUGAGGCAUACGCGCUCAACAAUGAUUGCUAUUCCGAUUUCGAAAAGGCUGUCAAGCUGCAUAAACUUUUGGAUAGGAUCGCAAAGGAUGCUGGAUAUAUGUAA